AUGGGACAAAAAAUAAAUCCGCUUGGUUUCAGACUUGGUACAACUCAAAGUCAUCAUUCUAUUUGGUUUGCACAACCAAAAAAUUAUCCCGAGGAUCUACAAGAAGAUCAAAAAAUACGGGAUUGUAUCAAAAAUUAUAUACAAAAAAAUAUGAAAAUACCCUCUGGUGUGGAGGGAAUUGCACGCAUAGAAAUUCAAAAAAGAAUUGAUCUAAUUCAAGUCAUAAUCUAUAUGGGAUUCCCGAAGUUAUUAAUCGAAGGGAGGACGCGAAAAAUCGAAGAAUUACAGGCGACCGUACAAAAAGAACUAAAUUGUGUGAACCGAAAAGUCAACAUUGCUAUUACAAGAAUUACAAACCCUUACGGACACCCUAAUAUUCUUGCAGAAUUUAUAGCCGGACAAUUAAAGAAUAGAGUUUCAUUUCGCAAAGCAAUGAAAAAGGCUAUUGAAUUAACCGAACAGGCAGAUACAAAAGGAAUUCAAAUACAAAUUGCAGGGCGAAUCGACGGAAAAGAAAUUGCACGUGUCGAAUGGAUCCGAGAAGGUAGGGUUCCUCUACAAACCAUUCGAGCUAAAAUUGAUUAUUGUUCCUAUACAGUCCGAACUAUCUAUGGGGUAUUAGGCAUCAAAAUUUGGAUAUUUUUAGAAGAGGAAUAA